UGUGCGUAUAACUUUUGCUCGAAUAUGGAUCGAAUGUUAUGUCGAGCUUGACAUUCAACUCAAAACACUAAGCCUUGAAAAUGCGGUGUUGUGUGCCUUUCUGCAAAAGUACUUCCGACAAUGUAUCAACAUCGGACGGAGAAGGGAAAGCGAUUAGUUUUCAUGGUUUUCCCCGUGAAAUGCAUCUCCGUACUGCCUGGCUUAGAGCCCUCGGAAAACAAGACAACCUUCCAGACUCUGCUGUGGUCUGUUCACAACAUUUUCUAAGUGAUGACAUUUAUGAAACAGAAAGUGGCUCAAGGCAAAUAUGUGCCGGUGCUAUUCCUUCCACAGUGCAGGUUUGCAUGAUAUGCCUAGACACUGACAGCAAGCUGUUACUAAUGAGUAAACUGAAAUUGGAUGAAGCAUAUGAGAAGUUAACUGGAGAGCCUUUGUGUGAUCAAGGAAAACUAAAACAGACACUUUGCGUACAAUGUGCUCAUAGAUUGAUAAACUUCAGUAGAUUUAGAGACAAGAGCUUGAGAGCCCGUGCACUGAUGAUGGACUUAGUUGAGAAACAUGAAUCAAUAACAAGACACCAUAUUACAAUGAUAAAUCGCACAAAACACCAACUAACGAGUAAUAUGGUGGUGACAUCGCUGGGCCCUGACCACUGUGACUUACACAUACUAGAACAUCUCUCAGAAGACAACCAGGAAGAAUCGGAGGAAAGCAGACUAGAAGGUAUCAUGAAAAUUGAAGGAAAUGAUGAGUCCACGUCGGCUGAUGAAGACAUGGAAAUGGAGAAUGAAGAUGACAAAAAUUUAAUUGAUUUUGUUGAGAAUCCAGUAAAGUACGAAAGUGCUCCCUUCCAAUGUGCAUGUUGUUGGGAGGAGUUUGUCCAUGAACAUGCCUACAUGCAACAUAUGAGCAAGCAUGUCCAGCAAGGUGACGGUGAUGGUGAAUGUGAGACGUCACAAGUAUGCAAGCCUCAUACAGCUGUGAGCUCCAGCUCUGCACACUCUGCACUCAGCACUGAGAACAAGCAGGCGGACUUCAGCCCUUCUGCACAUUCUACUCAAACCUUAGUCGCUCCCCUACCCGCGAGUCUUGCGACAAAUAACGAGAUACAAGUGCCCCCAACUGAAGAAGCCGAUACAAACGUCAGUUGCCGCUACAACAGAUCAACAGAUUGUUUUGUCAAAUUAUACGAUGUUUUCUCAAAGAAAGUUGUACCAAGACAAGACGGAAAAGCUGUUGUCUUGCGGUCUUGUGUGAGUCAGAACAUUGCAUCCAAAGAUACAGGUUCUCAGGCAACAAGUGAGAACGAAGUCUCUACAACAGAAUAUGUUGAACCUGUCACUAAUAAAGUAAAACUAAUCGAAUCAAAAACUUUACAAAAUAAAACUGAUUGUUUGAAGAAGGUCAUUGAUAUACAAUGUUUGUUACAAAGUAGUUCACACACGGAGGGAAAAGGUUUCAUUUGUGAUAUUUGUAGAAAAGUGUUUAGACGAAAACGUCUCUUAGUUAAACACAUAAAGACUCACGCUGAAGUAAGAUGGCUCACUUGCAAGAUUUGCCAGUACAAAUGUAAAUAUCAAAGUCAUUUGAAGCGUCAUAUGAGAACCCACACUGGUGACAAGCCAUACUCCUGCAAGAUAUGUGAGUACAAAUGUGCACAUAGCACUAGUCUAAUGCAGCAUAUGAGAAUACACACUGGUAUAAAAAAUUUCUUGUGUAAGUUAUGCGAUUACAAAUGUGCACAUAAUAGUAAUCUAGUGACGCACAUGAGAACCCACACUGGUGACAAGCCAUAUUCAUGUGAGAUAUGCGAGUACAAGUGUUCACAAAGAAGUAGUAUAAUAACGCAUAUGAGAACUCACACGGGUGAAAAGCCAUACUCCUGCAAGAUAUGUGAGUACAAAUGUGCACAUAGAACCAGUCUAAUGCAGCACAUGAGAACUCACACUGGUAUAAAAAAAUUCUCGUGUAAGUUAUGCAAUUACAAAAGUGCACAAAAUGGCACUCUAGUGAGGCACAUGAGAACUCACACGGGUGAAAAGCCAUACUCCUGCAAGAUAUGCGAGUACAAAUGUGCACAUAGCACUAGUCUAAUGCAGCAUAUGAGAAUACACACUGGUAUAAAACCUUUCACAUGUAAAAUAUGCCAUUACAAAUGUGCACAUAAUGGCAAUCUAGUGACGCACAUGAGAACCCACACGGGUGACAAGCCAUAUUCAUGUGAGAUAUGCGAGUACAAGUGUUCACAAAGUAAUAAUCUAAUGCAGCAUAUGAGAAUUCACACUGGUAUAAAAAAUUUCUUGUGUAAGUUAUGCAAUUACAAAUGUGUACAAAAUAGACAUCUAGUGUCGCACAUGAGAACUCACACUGGUAUAAAACCUUUCUUGUGUAAGUUAUGCAAUUACAAAUGUGCACGAAACAGCACUCUAGUGACGCACAUGAGAACCCACACUGGUGACAAGCCAUAUUCAUGUGAGAUAUGCGAGUACAAGUGUUCAGAAAGAAGUAGUCUAAUGAAGCAUAUGAGAACUCACACUGGCAUAAAACCUUUCUCAUGCAAGUUAUGCGAUUACAAAUGUGCACAUAAUUGCAAUCUAGUGAGGCACAUGAGAACUCACACUGGUGAAAAGCCAUAUUCAUGUGAGAUAUGCGAGUACAAGUGUUCAGAAAGAAAUAAUCUAAGGGAUCAUAUGAGAAUACACUCUGGUAUAAAACCUUUCUUGUGUAAGUUAUGCAAUUACAAAUGUGCACGAAACAGCACUCUAGUGACGCACAUGAGAACCCACACUGGUGACAAGCCAUAUUCAUGUGAGAUAUGCGAGUACAAGUGUUCAGAAAGAAGUAGUCUAAUGAAGCAUAUGAGAACUCACACUGGCAUAAAACCUUUCUCAUGCAAGUUAUGCGAUUACAAAUGUGCACAUAAUUGCAAUCUAGUGAGGCACAUGAGAACUCACACUGGUGAAAAGCCAUAUUCAUGUGAGAUAUGCGAGUACAAGUGUUCAGAAAGAAAUAAUCUAAGGGAUCAUAUGAGAAUACACUCUGGUAUAAAACCUUUCUUGUGUAAGUUAUGCAAUUACAAAUGUGCACGAAACAGCACUCUAGUGACGCACAUGAGAACCCACACUGGUGACAAGCCAUAUUCAUGUGAGAUAUGCGAGUACAAGUGUUCACAAAGUAGUAAUCUAAGGGAUCAUAUGAGAAUACACUCUGGUAUAAAACCUUUCUUGUGUAAGUUAUGCAAUUACAAAUGUGCACGAAACAGCACUCUAGUGACGCACAUGAGAACCCACACUGGUGACAAGCCAUAUUCAUGUGAGAUAUGCGAGUACAAGUGUUCAGAAAGAAGUAGUCUAAUGAAGCAUAUGAGAACUCACACUGGCAUAAAACCUUUCUCAUGCAAGUUAUGCGAUUACAAAUGUGCACAUAAUUGCAAUCUAGUGAGGCACAUGAGAACUCACACUGGUGAAAAGCCAUAUUCAUGUGAGAUAUGCGAGUACAAGUGUUCAGAAAGAAAUAAUCUAAGGGAUCAUAUGAGAAUACACUCUGGUAUAAAACCUUUCUUGUGUAAGUUAUGCAAUUACAAAUGUGCACGAAACAGCACUCUAGUGACGCACAUGAGAACCCACACUGGUGACAAGCCAUAUUCAUGUGAGAUAUGCGAGUACAAGUGUUCAGAAAGAAGUAGUCUAAUGAAGCAUAUGAGAACUCACACUGGCAUAAAACCUUUCUCAUGCAAGUUAUGCGAUUACAAAUGUGCACAUAAUUGCAAUCUAGUGAGGCACAUGAGAACUCACAAUGGUGAAAAGCCAUAUUCAUGUGAGACAUGUGAGUACAAAUUUUCAGAAAGAAAUAAUCUAAGGGAUCAUAUGAGAAUACACUCUGGUAUAAAACCUUUCUUGUGUAAGUUAUGCAAUUACAAAUGUGCACGAAACAGCACUCUAGUGACGCACAUGAGAACCCACACUGGUGACAAGCCAUAUUCAUGUGAGAUAUGCGAGUACAAGUGUUCAGAAAGAAGUAGUCUAAUGAAGCAUAUGAGAACUCACACUGGCAUAAAACCUUUCUCAUGCAAGUUAUGCGAUUACAAAUGUGCACAUAAUUGCAAUCUAGUGAGGCACAUGAGAACUCACACUGGUGAAAAGCCAUAUUCAUGUGAGAUAUGCGAGUACAAGUGUUCAGAAAGAAAUAAUCUAAGGGAUCAUAUGAGAAUACACUCUGGUAUAAAACCUUUCUUGUGUAAGUUAUGCAAUUACAAAUGUGCACGAAACAGCACUCUAGUGACGCACAUGAGAACCCACACUGGUGACAAGCCAUAUUCAUGUGAGAUAUGCGAGUACAAGUGUUCAGAAAGAAGUAGUCUAAUGAAGCAUAUGAGAACUCACACUGGCAUAAAACCUUUCUCAUGCAAGUUAUGCGAUUACAAAUGUGCACAUAAUUGCAAUCUAGUGAGGCACAUGAGAACUCACACUGGUGAAAAGCCAUAUUCAUGUGAGAUAUGCGAGUACAAGUGUUCAGAAAGAAAUAAUCUAAGGGAUCAUAUGAGAAUACACUCUGGUAUAAAACCUUUCUUGUGUAAGUUAUGCAAUUACAAAUGUGCACGAAACAGCACUCUAGUGACGCACAUGAGAACCCACACUGGUGACAAGCCAUAUUCAUGUGAGAUAUGCGAGUACAAGUGUUCACAAAGUAGUAAUCUAAGGGAUCAUAUGAGAAUACACUCUGGUAUAAAACCUUUCUUGUGUAAGUUAUGCAAUUACAAAUGUGCACGAAACAGCACUCUAGUGACGCACAUGAGAACCCACACUGGUGACAAGCCAUAUUCAUGUGAGAUAUGCGAGUACAAGUGUUCAGAAAGAAGUAGUCUAAUGAAGCAUAUGAGAACUCACACUGGCAUAAAACCUUUCUCAUGCAAGUUAUGCGAUUACAAAUGUGCACAUAAUUGCAAUCUAGUGAGGCACAUGAGAACUCACACUGGUGAAAAGCCAUAUUCAUGUGAGAUAUGCGAGUACAAGUGUUCAGAAAGAAAUAAUCUAAGGGAUCAUAUGAGAAUACACUCUGGUAUAAAACCUUUCUUGUGUAAGUUAUGCAAUUACAAAUGUGCACGAAACAGCACUCUAGUGACGCACAUGAGAACCCACACUGGUGACAAGCCAUAUUCAUGUGAGAUAUGCGAGUACAAGUGUUCAGAAAGAAGUAGUCUAAUGAAGCAUAUGAGAACUCACACUGGCAUAAAACCUUUCUCAUGCAAGUUAUGCGAUUACAAAUGUGCACAUAAUUGCAAUCUAGUGAGGCACAUGAGAACCCACACUGGUAUAAAAAAUUUCUUGUGUAAGUUAUGCGGUUACAAAUGUGCACAUAAUAGUAAUCUAGUGACGCACAUGAGAACCCACACUGGUGAAAAGCCAUAUUCAUGUGAGAUAUGCAAGUACAAGUGUUCACAAAGAAGUAGUCUAAUGAAGCAUAUGAGAAUUCACACUGGUAUAAAACCUUUCAUGUGUAAAAUAUGCCAUUACAAAUGUGUACAAAAUAGCAUUCUAGUGAGGCACAUGAGAACCCACACUGGUGACAAGCCAUAUUCAUGUGGGAUAUGCGAGUACAAGUGUUCAGAAAGAAGUAGUCUAAUGCAGCAUAUGAGAAUUCACACUGGUAUAAAACCUUUCUCAUGCAAGUUAUGCGAUUACAAAUGUGCACGUAAUAGCAAUCUAGUGAGGCACAUGAGAACCCACACUGGUGACAACUGA